UUACAUUUCUUCAUCGUCUUGUCACUCCUCCCCCUCUCUGCGUCUGCAUCUAAUACUCCGCCGCUGUUGCUGGGACUUAUUAUCGUGCUUGUAUCGUUGCCGAAUGUUCACAACUAUUUUACCGGCGGAAGAAAACGAAAAAAAAAAAAACAACAGCCAGCAAACGUAACAACAACCACCACAAGGAUAAAAUAACGACAUGCUUCCCUGUGAGAAGCUAUUACAGCAAUUCUUAUUGUUCUCAGAGUGGUAGUAUUAUUAUUGUUUUACUACUAUCACUAAAUCAACUUUUACUACCGAUACCUCUCGCCUGAAAAAGCCUUAUCAGCCAAAACUAAAAUCCAGCUCUCCGAUACUUUUUUUUACACAUUUCGGAUCCAUUCUUUCUCUCUUUUCUUUCAUUCUUUCUUUCUCUCCUUACCUGUCCUCCCCUCCUGUUCUUCAAUAUCUAUCUAUAUUUCUUCUCUCUAGCAAUCAUCUUUAAAAUUGAAUUAAUUAAUAACCGGAUAUAUAGAUAUAUAUAUAUAAAAAAAAAAGAUUUUAACAGCUCCUUAAUUGGGUUUAUAUAUAUAUACCCCGACCAGUGUGUAUAUAUUUUCAAGGAAACGAUUUUAUUUAUAUAUAUAAAUUGUAUAUUCUGUGUACAUAUAUAAACACUAUAUAUAUAUAUAUAUAUAUAUAUAUAUAUAUAUAUGCGCUUAUAAGUUUCUAUACUCAUCACAAUUUGGAAAGGAUUAUCAAAGCUCGUUUUCAACAUCGUAAAAUCAUCGUUAUUGUUGUCGGCAACAGUUUUUGUUGUUGAUAUAUAUUCCAUUGGAAACACACAAACAAGCCGGUGGUUCUAUGUACGUUGAUGGACAACAUUGGGAGAUGAAGUUUUCUACGCUUGUUGAUCAGCCUUUCCAUGCGCCAAGUUUUGGAGAUGAGGACUUCAACAUUCCACCUUUAGGGCUGGCUGAUUCUGCCUUGAACUAUCAGACACGAGCCUUACAUGGCCAGCAAGUUCUGGACAUUGAACUAAACAACCUCACACAGCCUCUGUCACAUUCCUCGGACUUGUCAGUUGACUGUUCUGUACUGGACUCACUCAACCAGAACCAACAGUCAUUGAUACCAAAGUUCCCUCCACAGAACUCACUGGACGUGCCUGAUAUCAGUGUGUUAAACAGCGUUAUGUCGACCUCGGAAAGUACAUACCCUACUGACACGGUGACGACGUCAUGUCCUACAGACCUGGGUGGCCUCUACUCAGCAAACUUGUCGCACCCACCAGAACUAAUGCAGAGAGAACAGCAGCCUUUGUUGACCAUCAGCCACUCACAGGUGACCACACAGUUAGGAUUCCAGACUGCCAUCAAGCAAGGAUCACCAGCCACGUCAAAUUCCACGUCUUCACCAAGCCGCGAGAGCAGCGACGAUAGUGAUGAUAGUGUCCCUUUGGCGCAGCUUGCCAGCAUCAAAAGGACGGCAGCCAUGGAAACAUCUAUGGAAACCUGUACAAUAAAGAAACAGAAAGCACCCAAAAAGAAGAAGAAGAAAGAUCCAAAUGAACCACAGAAGCCUGUAUCAGCCUAUGCCUUGUUUUUCCGUGAUACCCAAGCAGCCAUUAAGGGUCAGAACCCCAAUGCCAGUUUUGGAGAAGUCUCCAAAAUUGUUGCUUCCAUGUGGGAUGGACUUGACCCUGAACACAAAAGUGUGUACAAAAAGAAAACUGAAACUGCCAAAAAGGAGUAUCUAAAACAAUUAGCAGCAUACAAAGCCAGUCUGGUUUCUCAGACUCCAAUUGAUGACCUCAGUUCAGAAAAAUUACAACAAAAUCGGUUAAUUAAUUCAAAGGAUUUAAUGAGUGUCACGACUACUGGCCCCAUGACCAAGGUCAACUCUAUUGGUACUUACACGCAAAUGACCCCAAUGCACUCGGACUCACCUCCUUUACAGCAGAUCCCUUACUCUUCCCCACCCCAGAUACCAAACCAAAAUAUGGUAUCAAAUGCCAGUACGGUUACUUCUCCAAUACACAACAACUUACAGCAAACCAUUGUCAGUCAGGCGGGUCCACGAGGUAUGUGCAGUGCUGGCCCUGGCAUGUGUGUACGUAAUGGCUGUCAAAAUAAUGCAAUCGACAACCCAGGUUGGGACAGUGAAUACUGCAGUAAUGAGUGUGUGGUCAGCCAUUGUCGAGUCGGCUUGUGCAGUCAAACAGUCCAAAUCGGACGACCCUGCUGCCUCAGUGUCAAACAGCAAAGGUAACCCUGUGAACAUCCGUUUUAGUGAUU